UAAUGCUAAAGUUAAUUGUCUUUAAAACCUGGAGACAUUCUAAACCACGCUUGUUUGUGUAAUCCUCACCAAAACCUCACCAAGCUCAUUGAGCUUCACUUAAAAAGGAGAGGGAAAAAAAAAGGCAAAAGAAAAGCAAAUUUGUUUUUCACCCCCUGGAAGUUGUUGCCAUCAGUUUGAUCCUGGCCUAUGGCAGGAAUCUGUCCUUAGGAGAUUUCAGCCUCACCAGGCUACUCCAUGCUGCAGACUCCAGAUUGAGUCUGAAAUGGCUGGUUUAAACAUAGCGUGACAGAAUGAACACUGAAAAUUCCAAGGCUCAGCUGCCACCAGGAGGAGAAGGAAGCUUGCUUUCUGCUUCAUGUUAAUGCCCCUACCCCCCUUGGCUAAGCCCUUCCGACUUACAGUAGCCCUUCUUUGGAAAGCCACAUAAAAAUGUAGGGUUUUUUGUUUGAGAAGGUGCUCCAGUUGCUCCUCAUAUCCUUCUGCAAGGGUGUGUCUGUCUAGAGAUAGAAUAGAAUAGCUUAAACUGCUGCUUAGACAUGAAAAAGGGUUUGUAUUUCCCAUCUGCAAAAUGAAUCUGGCAUUCCAGGGGGAGAGAAUUAAACUGCUCGGGGGUGAAAAAUAGAGCAUUAGGAACCAAACUGCCUGUAGUAGUGCAUGACUGAGGGGAAUACUUUAAAACAAAAAGUUGUAUUUGUAGAUUGUUAUUAAAGUGUAAAUAACGGCAUUUUCAACACUGGUUUGGAGUCAGCUUUCAGGGCAUAAUGUCUUGCUUGAUGAAAAGAUCACCCUAUGCCCCCCUUUUAAAGGAAAAUUAUCGCAGGAGAAUCAGGAUGUGUAAAGCUAACAUGCAUCGCAAAGCCCAAAAGGUAACCUAAAUGUCUGAUUUUAAUAGCACAUUUCUCUUUUACAUAAACUGCGACGGCAACUUGCAUAAACUUUAUUGAACCAAUUCUUCAGAUGUUAAUUUUAGUGUAAAAAAAUGGCAAAAAAUGUUUAAAAUAACCAUUAAAACCACCCAAACCAUGUGCUUCUGCAUAAAUCAGCUAUAACUUUAAUAAUGCGCCCUUUGAAACCGUAACGUAACGUGGGCAAAAAGGAAUCGGCAAGCUUAAAUCUCAAGAGAUGUAAAAUGACAGCGGAUAUAGAUAGUCCUGCUACUGCCAAAACAAACUUCUGCUCAGUUACUUAAACAUGUAAAAUGAUGGCCCUUUUUAGACCCCGAUACUGCUGUUUACUGCAAAAUGCCCAAAGCUCAGCUUAAGUUGCAUGUUUUCCUUCCUGUGUAAUUGCAUGCAGGAAUCUCUUUGGGGUUUUUUCUUGUGAUUUGUGCUUGCCUUUAGGAUACUCACAAAUGUCUUCAAUUUACAGGAGUCAAGAGUGCAUCAUGCGGCAUCACUUGGGUGAGGACGAGCAGGGCACCAUCAAGUGGUUCUAAGGCCUGCAGACAUCACCAGGCAGUGAAGAGCAGAGAAGGCACCUGGCUGCAGAGCCCUGCGCUCCCUCUGUUAUUAUGGCAGGGGGAAGACGGGGCCCCAACCGCACGUCCUACUGCCGGAAUCCCCUCUGCGAUCCCGGUGCUGCCGGUGGCUCCGGCCACGCCACCAGUUCCUCAGUCACGGGCGUGCGCUCACGCACCAGGAGUGGUUCAGGCACAGGUCUUUCCAGCCCACCCUUGGCAACUCAGACAGUCGUCCCCCUCCGGCACUGUAAGAUCCCAGAGCUGCCUGUGGAGAGGAGUGUGCUGUUUGAGCUUCAGCUCUUCUUCUGUCAUCUCGUUGCUCUGUUUGUCCACUACAUCAACAUCUACAAAACAGUGUGGUGGUACCCACCCUCCCAUCCUCCUUCACACACGUCACUGAACUUUCAUCUUAUUGACUUCAACGUGCUGACGGUGACAACGAUUGUCCUGGCACGCCGGCUGAUCACUGCUAUUGUGAAGGAGGCCUCACAGAGUGGGAAGGUCUCCCUGCCACGCUCUGUUUUCCUGGUGGUCACACGGUUUGCUGUUCUCACUGGCACAGGCUGGAGUUUGUGUCGGUCGAUAAUUCACCUCUUCAGAACCUACUCUUUCCUUAAUCUCCUGUUCCUGUGUUACCCGUUUGGCAUGUACAUUCCCUUCCUUCAGCUCAACUGUGACUUUCGGAAGACGGGGCUCUUCUCCCACGUGGCCAACAUCAGUCCUAGGGAGACCAGUGAGGUGACCUCCAGGAGCCGAGACUACCUGAGUGUCCUGAAGGAGACGUGGAAGCAGCACACGCGGCAGAUGUACGGCAUGGAGGCCAUGCCCACGCACGCCUGCUGCCUCUCUCCAGACCUCAUCCGCAACGAGGUGGAAUACCUGAAAAUGGACUUUAACUGGCGGAUGAAGGAGGUGCUGGUGAGCUCCAUGCUCAGUGCCUACUAUGUGGCCUUUGUGCCAGUCUGGUUUGUGAAGAAUACUCAGUACUAUGACAAACGCUGGUCAUGCGAGCUCUUCCUCCUGGUGUCCAUCAGCACAUCAGUGAUCCUGAUGCAGUACCUCCUCCCUGCGCGCUACUGUGACCUGCUCCAUAAAGCUGCAGCGCACUUGGGCUGCUGGCAGAAGGUCGAUCCAGCCCUCUGCUCCAAUGUGCUGCAGCAUCAGUGGACAGAGGAGUGCAUGUGGCCACAGGGAGUGUUGGUGAAACACAGCAAGAACGUGUACAAAGCUGUGGGUCAUUACAACGUGGCGGUGCCCUCGGACGUCUCACACUUCCGCUUUCACUUCUUUUUCAGCAAACCCCUGAGGAUCCUCAACAUCCUGAUUCUGCUGGAAGGAGCCGUCAUCUUCUACCAGCUUUACUCCCUGAUUUCAUCAGAGAAGUGGCACCAAACCAUCUCACUGGCUCUGAUCCUCUUCAGCAAUUACUAUGCCUUCUUCAAGCUGCUGCGUGACCGUCUGGUGCUGGGCAAAGCCUACUCCUACUCUGCCAGCAGAGACUCAGAGCAGAAGUUAAAUUAAAUCAAUUGCACUGGUGCUCAGCUGGUGACGAAACAAACAAAAGGAGAUCCUCAGAGCUUUGUAUUUUUGUUACCACUGCUUUUUUCUUUGAUAACUGAUGUAAUUAAAAGG